GUAGUAAUAGACAGAUACUCUAAAAUAGCCUAUUAUGCCCUAUAUCGAAAGGAUAUAACUGCCGAAGACCUAGCCGACCUCUUCCUACAAGACGUAUUCCGCUUAUAUAGUAUCCUAGUAUCGAUAGUAACGGAUCGAGGGACGCUGUUU